GUUCUAGCUCUGGCAGGCAGAAAUGAGAAAGCUCAGGAUUAUAUUAUGGAAUAUGGAUGCCACUGGCACUGGAACUUUGGAAGGAAAGUCGUAGCGGCAGCGGCAUCAGCUUGCAUUGUCCUCUCAGUAGUAUGCAUGCCUCUCUCCACUGCAGUCAGGGGCUUGGUGCCUUGCUCCCUGCAGCAUCUCGUGAGUCCAGGAGGGAUCUGUAAGUUUAGACGUCCGUCCACAAGCCAGUUCUGGAGGCAGCCAUUGCGGACCGGCACACAACUCCCCGCUCGGCCGACUCUUGCCCUCUUCGAUUCACAAACAGGCACGAAUGGUCGGGCAAUCAUGACUUCAAACACGACGGACGCUCAGCAGACAGAUGCGGAGUUGUCGCUGCAUCGGCACCAGUUCAAAAUCGUCAAAGAGGAGCUCGUCUACUCAAGGUACAUAAAUGUCUACAACCGAGUUGUUGAGUAUCCCCCUGAUCCCUCCACCUCCGGCAGCGACCCUGCGGCACAGGGGAAAGUGAUUCCGUACGACGUUGUUGGGGCCAAGACGGUGUCCUCGCACUUCUGCGCGGUGCUCCCGUACGACACGCGGCGGAAGCUCUUCACGCUUGUCCGAGAAUACUCGCAGGGUGCGAAUCAUUUGGUGUACGGCGUGCCAGCUGGCGGCCUGACAGAAGCCCACGGGUCCAAGGAGGAGUGCGCGCGAGCAGAGCUCUCAGAAGAAGUUCACUUGCAAGGGGGCAACCUAGUGCGGCUGCUCGACCCGGCGCACCCGGGGCUUCUUGAAAUCAAGUGGUGCCGCAACCGGUUCACGCCGUUCCUAGUUCUCGAUGCACAGCCCGACAACAGCCCAGGUCAAAAGGAUCACGAAGAGUUCAUUGAAGUUGUCACGAUGGACCUUGCCCAAUUGAAACAAACCAUGUACGGCGGCGAUAUGAUGCUGCCCUCCAUUGUCACGUGCGGCAUGGCGCUUGAAUAUCUGCAGGCUCGAAGUUUAAUCUAGUUUUCAAGCGUGGUCGUUGAGGUAGCCUCAAGGUUGAGCACGUUGGCCUGUGACCCGGACGUUCCAAAGUAGAAGGUGAGAUUGAGCACGCGGAUGUCCGAUCCGCCCUAUGCUUCUUGUGCAAUCAUGUCUUGCAAAAGGCUACAGAUUAUCCUAGUGGGAGGUAUUGCAGAAUGGAACGGCAAUGCACAAUGUCGAGAACACCUUAACCAGAUACUGAUAGCGAAAGGUGGUCAAUCUAGAACAGACAACACAAUUGCAAGUGGGGAACCUUGUGACAUGAAAGAAAGGAACUUUGUUAACUUUGUCGUUGAAACCGUCCGGUCUUCAAUUCAGAUGCUUCAG